AUGACAGGGGUGGGGGCCGAGGAUGACAUCCCCUUGAGUGAGAGGAAGACUGUGACUGAUUUCUGUUAUCUACUGGACAAAUCCAAACAGCUCUUCAACGGCCUCAGAGAUCUCCCUCAGUAUGGGCACAAGCAGUGGCAGUCCUAUUUUGGCCGAACUUUUGAUGUCUACACCAAGCUGUGGAAAUUUCAACAGCAACACAGACAGGUUUUAGAUAACCGGUAUGGUCUGAAGAGGUGGCAGAUUGGGGAGGUGGCCUCUAAAAUUGGUCAGCUGUAUUACCACUACUACUUGCGGACAUCUGAAACCAGCUAUCUGAAUGAGGCGUUUUCUUUCUACUCUGCCAUUCGCCAGCGAUCUUACUAUUAUCAAGUCAACAAAGAGGAUCGGCCUGAGUUAGUGGUGAAGAAAUUGAGGUAUUAUGCUCGCUACAUCGUAGUUUGUUUGCUGCUCAAUAAAAUGGACCUGGUCAAAGUUUUGGUCAAAGAGUUAUCUGAGGAGAUUGAGGACUAUACACAGCGUUUUAACACAGAGGAUCAGCUGGAGUGGAAUCUGGUCCUACAGGAGGUGGCAUCUUUCAUAGAGGCGGACCCAGUGAUGGUUCUGAAUGAUGAUAACGCAGUGGUAGUGAUGUCCAAUCGGCUGCAGGAGGGGAGUGUCCCCCCGCUAGAGCAGGGCAUGGUGGUUGGCCAGCUGAACCUGGCAGAUGCGCUCAUCAUUGGCAACUGCACCACUCAGGUGAAGUUCAGUGAGCUGACCAUUGAUAUGUUCCGUAUGCUUCAAGCCCUGGAGAGAGAACCAGUUAACCUGGCCACACAGUCAACCAAACCUGGAACACUCGAGCCCACGGAGAAGCCAGCUAAGAGAGAGAACCCUCACAAAUACCUGCUAUAUAAACCAACGUUCAGCCAACUCUACACCUUCCUCUCAGCCUCCUUCAAGGAGCUGCCAGCCAAUAGCGUUCUACUGAUGUAUCUGUCAGCCACAGGGGUCUUCCCCACUGGACGGCCAGAUUAUGAAGGGCCAUAUGAUUUCGGGGGAGUGUUGACGAAUUCUAAUCGUGAUGUGGUGAAUGGAGAGACAGUACAGAAGAGGAAUCAGGCACAGAAAGAGAUGCAUUGUCUGCACCCAGGAGAUCUCUACCCCUUCACCAGGAAGCCGCUGUUCGUCAUUGUGGACUCUUCUAACAGCACUGCUUAUAAGAAUUUUUCCAAUCUCUUUGGACAGCCUUUGGUGUGUCUGCUGUCUCCCACAGUGUAUCCUAAAAGCAUGCAAGACCAAUCGCAGCGCGGCAGUCUCUUCACUCUCUUCCUGUACUGUCCUCUUAUGGGCUUCCUGUCCGUGUGUGGCCUCACCAGUAUGAGGCAGGGAUUAUGGGAAAAGGCCCAGGAGCUCCUGCGCAAAGCCAACCGAGACAUUGGCCAAAUCAUCACCAGCUCACGAACUAUAGACCAGGCCUUCCUGCAGUUCUAUGGAGAUGAGUUUCUGAGACUACUCAUGAUCAGAUUCACGUUCUGCUGCGCAACGCUCAGAAUGCACAAACUCUUCCGGGAGGCGCGGAGCUUUCCGGAGUCGUACCCCUCGCUGCCCAAACAAGAGAUUGUGGAGAACGCCCUGAUACAGAAACAUGUCAUGGAACUGGCAGCCAUUUUGGACGUGCAGAACCUCUUCAGCGACGGCCUGCUGGAUAACUACUGA